CUAAAUUGUCAUGAAUCAAACUAUGGAUGAAAGCAUAAGUCAGGAUACUUUCUUACUUUUUGUAACAUUUGAAAUGUUCCAUAAUAGCUUUAAAUUAUGUAGGAAUGAGUAGGAAUUAUGAGUAGGAAUGCAGUAGGUCAUAUUGACUAAAUGAAGGCUCAUGUUAUAAAAAGGAAAUUGCUUGUGGAUUAUAUUUCUCUUGUUUUUAUUCAUUACUAGUGUUGUACACACUACUGGUUCCAUAAGUAAAAUUGUCAGAUGUCCCAUGUCUGGCAUAAGGUAUUUAUGUUAAGUAACAUGUACUGCAUGAAUGUAGCAGGUGCAUCUCUAACUUGUAGCCAAUGGUAUGUUACUGACUGAAUUUUGUUGUCAGUGCACAAAUGUGACUGAUGUUUUCUAUUUCUUUCAUCCUUUUUCAUGUUUUCUUUUUUUCCCUUCCUCUGUACAAUUUCCUAUGGUUUAUCUUGAACUGUGGAACUAAAGGGGGCUCUUACAGAGUCCUUUAUGCCACUUUGGUAUCUCUCUUUCAUAUUGUCUCUAUCAAUGCUCUAAAUGUGACAGAUCCUCUUGCUCGUACAUCAAUUCAGAAAAGCUACGAUCUCACCAAAUACUUGGAACACCAGCUUCGCUCCUUGGCCGGACCAUACCUCAAUUAUCUUGGUCCUCCUUUCAAUGACCCAGACUUUAACCCACCACGUGCUGGGGGUACUGAGACAAUUCCAAGUGCUUCUGUUGACUUUCAUCUGUGGAGAAAUCUGAAUGAUGGACUCCGUUUAGCAGAGAAUCAUCGGGCAUACAGUUUGCUUCUCUGCUACCUACAAUCAAUUGAUGAAGAGGUAGUGCGCACUGAACUAAGGAGAAGCUUGGGCCAAUUUUGCACCAGCCUGCAGGGCCUUUUAGUGAGCAUUGCUGGAGUUAUGUCUUCCCUUGGCUAUCAACCCCCACAAGAACUAGUAACAUCCUAUCCUCCAAUAGCGAUGGGUUUUGGGAGAGGAAAUGACUUUUUGAGAAAAAUGGAGGACUUCUGGUUGCUAAAGGAACUGCAAAUUUGGCUCUGGAGGUCAGCCAAGGACUUCAACCGUCUCAAAAGAAAGGUUCCAGCUGUUGUGGCCUUCAGAAUGGAAUCACGUGAGCUGUGAUUUGGAUGAUAUGAGGAAGUUGACUCAUAUCGCUGAACUUAAUACAGCUAUAACCAAAAUGAGCAAGCCAUGAUCACCAACUUAAGGAAAACAAGAAAAAACCAUGAAGGGAGCAAUGUUAUCACAAAUAUGCAGUAGGGUUGUUUUAUUUAUGGGAAGAGCCUGUGUGGUCUUUUUAAAUUAAAAAAAGAUAUGGAAAAAGUAAAAAAAAAAAAGGGCAUUCUCAAUUAAGGCUCAGUAUGAAAUGUUGCCCAAAUGGCAAUGGCAUGUCAAGAGAACUACUAAAUAAAUGUCAACUGUAAAUAAGCCUACAGAAAGUAAAUUUCAAUAUUUUUGGAAAUAUAUGGGACUGAAUAAGAACAGGAACAGCUAAUUAUGACUAAGGACAGGCUACCAUUAAUGCUUAGGGCAGAUUAACUAUUUCCAGCCCUAUGCAUAUUAAAGGGGUAUUUCUCUUUUAAAUUAACUUAGUAUGAUAUAGAAUGUCCAAUUUUAAGCAACUUUUGAACUUCAUGCUCCAUUUGCCACUAAAAAUCUGUUGUGGAUAAAUAACCCUAACAGCCAAUGGAACUACAGUUGUGCAAGGCUACAAUUUUAUUAUUAUUGUUACUUUUUAAUUCCUAUAUUUCUAUUCAGGUGCUCUCCUAUUCAUCUUCAGUCUGUUAUUUAAUCACUGCCUGGUUACUAGGAUUAUAGUUGUUAAAAUUCCAACCUGGUGUGCUUCUGAACAAACAGCUAAAUAAUUCGAAAACCUUAGAAAAAUAAAUACCACAUGCAAAUCUCCCCUAAAUACUGGCAUCAUACUAAACAUUAUACUGCAAGUUAAUUUAAAUGUAAUCCAUACAUUUAAGUCAUAAGGGGUCAUUUACUUUGACCCUAGUCCAAAUGCAAGUGCACUAAGGGAUGCCAGGGCAAGCUCCUUAGUGCUCUUUUAAAAGGCACUUGCAUUGUGCAAAGCUGGAUAGUUCAACCCACUUGUGAAGUGGAGUCAUGCGAAUAUCUGGAGGAAAUGUCCAUGUGAUCAGCAUGUUGUUUCAAUACAGAAUUAAAAAGCAAUCUAAAAAUUGGGGGAAUUCAAAUAUGAUGUCUUAUUUAGCCCAUACAGGCAAAAUGGGCAAUAUUUCCAGUGCUACUGGGCUCUUUAUUAAGCAUUUAAAUAGGUCUGGCUGCACUUUUGCACCUGCUUGAUCUUACUGCCAUAAGUUAUGUCUGAAUGGCAUGUUAGUUUGGAGACAUUUACAUGUCAUCCCCUUUCCACCCCUCAUCAGCACUGUAUUUUGGCCCUGUGCCACACUAGGCAAUGGACCUCACUAUGCCCCCCUGUUGCGGAAGUGACGUUGUGCAUAUUUUUAAAGCUGCUACCUUAGGCAAAGGCCCUCAUGUGCCCUAGCCCUAGCUCUGUGAUCAGCAUGCUG